UGUUAUUCUUUCCUCGCAACCUUUUUCGAACGAUUGGACUGUUCUUAACCUCACUUGGACUCGUAGAUUUCUGAAUCAAGCAACAAUACUGAAAUCAGACUAUGAGGCUGUAGAAAAACAGGUCGUGUAUUAUUCCCUCUUUGUAAUAGGGAGCUCCUGUUUAUUGUUGUCUGGACUAGGAGUAUUGGCUGUCAUUCCAUCCCGAGUAAUAGUGAUGGUAGCUCCUGUUUAUUGUCGUCUGGACUGGAGUAUUGGCUGUCAUUCCAACCUAACUAUUGCGACUCGUGUAAAAAAGCAAAGUGCAUACAAAAGUUUGAAGACCUACUGGAAAGGAAUAAUCUAUGAACGGGAAAAGAUGGAAGCAAAGCAAGCACAUAUCAUUGGCAGUAUGAAAGUGUACAGCAAAGAUGCAGAACAUAAUGCAGAAAAAUUAACCUCCGAAGAUUAUUCUAAUAUCUUUCCUUUGCAAAGUGAACACCAAAAAAACGAAGCGACGGGCAGAGAGGAUGAAAUGAACUUGUCUCAAAAUCAAGAAAUAAUCUCGGAUGCCGAAAACAAUCCGUUUUUGGUAUCCGAAUAUGACAAGGAUGAAGUAUUAUUGAGAAUGUUUUUAGUUAUUAAAGUUCCGACUAUUUGUAGCAGAAGUGUUGACCGAAGGUAUAGAAUCACCAACCAGCGUAAACGAGGGAAUGAAAUUGAAGGAAACAUUUCACAUAAAAAGGCAAAAAAAAAUGUGGAAAGUGCUCCAAACACGAGACCAAGAAAUGAUAGCCAAAAGUCUUCCUCUUCUGAUGUAGAUCUUGAAAAUGAAGAAAUAAAGUUUGAUUUUACAGUCAUUGAAAAAGAAUUGCAACAGGAACCAACCAAUGAUUGGAUAGUUGGUUCCAUCAACGUAUCUCAAAGAUUUAGACAAUAUCAGAUAGGUGUACUUGAGAAGGCUAAGACCAACGGAUUAAAGUGGAGUGAUUUUUAUGAAAUAUUGGCAUUGUCUUCGAUAAUUGCAUUCAGCUCGUCUUGUCCUUACCCUGCUUCGAUUUUCACAAAUCGGGAAUGGCAAAAUAUUACGUGUGAAAAUCCAUAUGUUGUAACUGAUCCAGUACUACCAACGGAGGUUAUGUCCUCUUUACGGAAUGCAUCUGCUGAUUGUUUAGAAGGAAAGACCAUUUUUUUGUCUGUAUAUGAUUCUGAAAUUAGUCAAGCUGUUUCUAGAAUUUUCAAUGCCAUGUGUAAUAGCGUUCCUGCCGUUUCCCCAACCAAAACAUCGGAGGACGAACACUGUUUCCAGUUGCUACACCCAGUCAUCCGUCCGUUGUUUUUUACCAGUUCGAAUAAAGAAUAUAAGAUUCGAUUGAAUCGUGCAACAAAGGAUCAAACCACCUGGAUUUACACCUCUCCAACAACAAAAGACAAGUUGAAGGUACAGUUGCGAGGGCGCAAGUCCAUCAAUCAGUUGUUAAAAAUGAAAGGUGGUCCAGAGGAAGCAAUAUUGUUAAUAAAUCAAGGAGAUUUAGUAAAAUCAUAUGUUAUGGAUCUCAAAUACGAUGGGCUUUACCGGUCAUGGCCUUUUUUAACUACCCGACUAGUCAAAGAUAAAACUACCAUUCCUUUGCUGGAGUCAAACAUCCGGCACUUUAUGGCACUAGAGGAAAAAUGCCAAGAAAUAUCUGAUGCAUUACAAACAAUAGCUCGCUUAUAUGAAAAAGCAUGCAAUGCGGAAAACGAAACACUAAAAGCAAAUCAAGCUGAAACUUUAUGCCUAUAUAACUAUUUUAAGGAAUUCUAUUAUCAGAAUCCCAGUACCGAAUUACCCGAUAAUCAGCGGAGCUGGCACGGCCAAGAUAGUUUUAACAAUUCUUUAGAUAAUUUAUCCGAAACUGAGAUGAAUAAGAUAAUUGAGGAAGUCUCACGAAAUGAGGAUGCUAUUGAAUCUGAAUCUUUACCGGAAACCGAGACCAAGGUAAGUAUAUCUACUGAAUCUCACGUUUCCGAUUCAUCUAAAGCUGAGGUAAACGUAGUGCCUAAAAAGUUUUCACCAGAAAAUCAGAUGAGUGUAUCAGCAUCCCCACCAUAUGAGAACAAAACUCGACCUCCAAUUUCGAUCUUACCUGAAGAUCCAAAAGAGAAACGAAAACAUGGAAUUACAAUGGUAUUGGAAAAGUGGUGA